AUUUUAUUAUGUUUAUCAACUUUUUGGAUGGAUCAGGUUGGACCGUUAGAUGCAACUAGAAACUUAUUGGAUGCUGCAGAUUAAAGCGGUGACGAGUGUUAUAAAGUGUGAAGUUUCAUCUCUUGGGUUCUCCUUCAAUUUAUAUAUAAACACCUAUAGAGUGAAGACAUUUGUGACUCUUAAAAGAAAUUAACCAUGGCAACGAGUGAUGCCGAAGUGAAAGUUUUGGGCACAUGGGCGAGUCCAUUCGUGAUGAGGGUAAGGAUUGCCAUGAACAUCAAGUCUGUGGCCUAUGAAUUUCUUCAAGAGAGGUUAUGGGAAGGCAAAAGCGAGUUUCUCCUCAAAUCAAACCCAGUUCACAGAAAGGUCCCUGUCCUCAUUCAUGGUGAUGACACCAUCUGUGAGUCUCUCAUUAUUGUCCAAUACAUCGAUGAGGUUUGGCCUUCUGCUCCCCUUCUUCCUUCUGAUCCCCAUGAACGUGCCACCGCCCGUUUUUGGGCUGCUUAUCUUGACGACAAGUGGUUCCCUUCCUUGAGAGCUAUUGGUAUGGCUGAAGGAGAGGAUGCAAGGAAAGCAGCCAUAGGGCAAGUGGAGGAAGGGCUGAUGCUGUUAGAGGAGGCAUUUGACAAGUGCAGCCAAGGGCAGGCAUUCUUUGGGAAGGAUCAAAUUGGAUAUCUCGACAUAACAUUUGGGUGCUUUUUGGGGUGGCUAAGAGUGACAGAGAAGAUGAGCGGGAUCAAGCUGCUUAAUGAAAUCAACACUCCUGCUCUGCUUAAAUGGGCUGACAGAUUCUGCAAUGAUGCCGCCGUGAAAGAUGUCAUGCCGGAGACCGAAAAGCUUGCGGAGUUUGCUAAGAUGCUUAGGGGCAGAGUGAGAGCCACUCCCAAAUCUUGAAUUGCCAAAGGGAGCCAUAUUUCUUGGCUCUUCACCAAAUUUUACAUGCAAUUGUCUCCUUUCCGGUUUUUCUAAAUAAAAGUAUGGCAUUUUUACCCCAAUAAUACAAAACAAUAAUAACAAUUACUAAAA